AUGAUUGUUGGAGGUGACUAUUUUGAAGGUUCCCAUGAUCACAAUCUCAUGACAGGAUCUUUGACCCAUGAUUCUUCUCUGGCUCCUAAAUGCAACGACAACACAAAUAUUGAGCUACAGAGAUUCAAGGUGCAGUCGUUUUCUGCAGAUAUCCUUUCUGAUUCGACCAAUCUUUCUUCUGAAGCUGCAAGAGCGAUCAACCACCUCCAGCAUCAACUAGGAAUUGGUUUGGAGCAGGAUAUGCCACCAGUGGGAACUGCGACCUGGGAUAUGGUUACACACCAGCACCUGAUCUCUUAA